AUGCAAAACCCAAACCCUCAUGCAGUCCUCCUCGCCAGCCCUGGCAUGGGCCACCUCAUUCCUGUGGUGGAGCUCGGCAAGCGCCUCGCCACCCACCAUGGCUUUGACGUGACCGUCUUCGUGGUCGCGGCCGAUGCCUCCAUAACAAAAUCUUCACUGUUCAAGCCAUCACAGUCGAGUCCGCUGAAUCUCGAAUUGCUUCCUCCGGUGGACAUUUCGGCCUUAGUUGAUUCGACCGCCUCUCUCGUGACCCAACUCAUGAUCAUGAUGCGUGAGGCUCUGCCGUCACUUCGGGCUGCCAUCUCUGCCAUGAAGUCUCGCCCCACCGCUCUCAUUGUCGACAUGUUUGGAACUGAAGCUUUAGCGAUAGCAGAGGAGUUCGACAUGCUUAAGUACGUAUUCAUCACAUCGACAGCAUGGUUUCUCGCGGUCACCGUUCAUUUUCCUUAUAUAGAUGAAGAAGCAGAACACAAGCACCGCAUUAUGAAAAGGCCGCUUGACAUCCCGGGCUGCCGGUCUAUUCGACAUGAGGAUACCUUGGACCUAUUCCUUGACCAAACCAAUAAGAAUCUCUUUUCGGGCUUCGCUCGCGUUGGGAUGGAGAUAUCGAACGCCGACGGGAUCCUAGUGAACACGUGGCAGGAUCUCGAGCCGUUGACCUUGUGUGCUCUCAAAGAUGAGAAGUCCCUGGGUCGGGUCGCCAAGGCACCGGUUUACCCAGUGGGUCCGCUCACCAGACCGAUCGGGCAAAGUUCCAAAAGUGAGGUGAUGGAUUGGCUAGACAUGCAACCAACGGAGUCGGUGAUCUAUGUCUCGUUCGGAAGCGGCGGAACCUUGUCGGCGAAGCAAACGUCUGAGCUCGCCUGGGGGCUGGAGCUGAGCCAACAUAAAUUCAUCUGGGUGGUCCGCCCUCCUGUGGAUGGCGAUGCGUCCGCCAACUUCUUCAACGUGACGAACAGCCACGAUGGAACCCCGAGCUACCUCCCUAACGGCUUCUACACUAGAAUCGGGAAGAGGGGCAUGGUGGUCCCCAUGUGGGCGCCGCAGAACGAGAUCUUGGCGCAUGAAUCGAUUGGUGGGUUCUUCUCGCACUGCGGUUGGAAUUCAACCCUGGAGAGUAUGGUCAACGGGGUGCCAAUGGUGGCGUGGCCGCUCUAUGCUGAGCAACAGAUGAACGCGGCGAUGUUAGCGGAAGAGCUCGGGGUGGCGGUUCGGCCAAAGACACAGCUGAACGCUGCUGUGAUUGAGAGGGAGGAGAUAGCGGGGAUGGUGAGAAGGGUCAUGGAGUUGAAGGGCAAUGAGAUGAGAGGUAAAGUUAAGGAGCUACAAGCAAGUGCCAAGCGAGUGCUAACGCAAGGUGGUUCCUCUUACAAUUCACUGGCAAGAGUGUCAAAGGAGUGUGAACUCAAGCUGCAUCGCCUGGGCGCUAUGGCUCUUGGUGGUUGA